CUGGGAGUUAGAUGCAGCCGACUACUGGUCCCUUUCUGAGGAUUAGCAGAGACGGGAGAUGAUUGUUUUUCCUGCGCUUUUCCUAAGUUAGUCUCCCGCGAAUGAAAAAGACCAUUCGCAAAACUAGAAAAGCACUGAGAUGAAAAGGCCGGCUUGAAACAACGCGUCUCGCUGCAAGCAGGUUAAACUGCAGGGGAACUAACCCUCUGUAUCAGAUCCUGGAAGAUGAACUGUGUGAGCGAAGUGCUUAAUCUUCCGGGAGCGUCACAGUCAGACUAUUUUGAAGAUUAGAUCUGCGUUUCCAUCAGGACGCGGACAAAGAUUUAAUCAUUCCUCAGUGUACUCGCUAAAGCAAAGAAGUUGUCGAGGGCGAAUGCUGCCAGAUUUGAAGUUAAUCUUUACGUCGCAUCCCUGCUUGGGGGAUCAGCGGCUUGACUGCCCUCAUUUGAGAGUGCGCACGGAUAGGGACGCUCGUCCGCACCUCACCACUUUGUGUCUCCAUUCUUGGUAUUCGCUGAGGGGAAAUGAGCGAGGGGAUGCGCUGCUUGGACAAUUUGAAGAGAGAAGUAUUGUCCCGUUAGCACGGAUGGGGUAAAGGACUGGGAGACGGAGCUCGUUCUGAGCUUAUCAGCAACAAUUAGACUCCGGGAGGGUUUUUUUUUCUCACCAGAAUGCGAGAGAGAAAGAUGUGGGUCGGCUGCCAGUUUCCUUGCGGUACGGAUACAACAAGAACUGGAAAAUUAGCGGCGUGAAAUAGAGGAAAAAAUAGAGCUCAAUGUUAAAUUUGACUCAAGAACGUGUACCAUGGAGAAAAGGAAGGGACUGUUCUUUUCACUGUUUUACUUUAUGGCCAAGAUUUGGUUGAGUUCGCAGCAAGUCCUUAGAAUCGGGGGCAUUUUUGAGACCCUCGAGAAUGAGCCUAUAAGUCUAGAAGAACUAGCCUUCAAAUUUGCUGUAACCAACAUAAACCGAAAUCGAACAUUGAUGCCAAACACCACAUUGACCUAUGAUGUCCAGAGGAUAAACCUGUUUGACAGCUUUGAGGCCUCCAGGAGAGCCUGUGACCAGCUGGCCCUGGGUGUGGCAGCGGUGUUUGGCCCCACACACAGCUCGUCGGUGAGUGCGGUGCAGUCCAUCUGUAACGCCCUGGAGGUGCCGCACAUCCAGACCCGCUGGAAACACCCCUCCGUGGACAACAAGGACACCUUCUACAUCAACCUGUACCCUGAGUACGCCUCCAUCAGCCGGGCCAUCCUGGACAUCGUGCAGUUCUUCAAGUGGAAGGCCGUCACCGUGGUCUAUGAGGACAGCACAGGUCUGAUCCGCCUGCAGGAGCUGAUCAAGGCCCCGUCCCGAUACAACAUCAAAAUCAAAAUCCGCCAGCUUCCCACGGGGAACAAGGACGCCCGGCCGCUGCUGAAGGAGAUGAAGAAGGGGAAGGAGUUUUACGUCAUCUUCGACUGCUCGUACCAGACCGCCGCAGACAUCCUCAAACAGAUCUUAUCCAUGGGGAUGAUGACCGAAUACUACCAUUUUUUCUUCACUACUCUAGACCUGUUUGCGCUGGAUCUGGAGCCGUACAGAUACAGCGGUGUCAACAUGACCGGCUUCCGCCUCCUCAACAUCGACAACCCACAGGUGGCCUCCGUGGUGGAGAAGUGGUCUAUGGAGCGUCUGCAGGCCCCGCCCAAGCCCGAGAGCGGUCUCCUUGACGACAUGAUGACGACUGAGGCAGCGCUGAUGUACGACGCCGUCUACAUGGUUGCCGUGGCGUCGCAGCGAUCCAAUCAGAUGACUGUGAGCUCUCUGCAGUGCCACAGGCACAAGCCAUGGAGGUUCGGUCCGCGCUUCAUGAACAUGUUCAAGGAGGCCCAGUGGAACGGUCUGACUGGACUCAUCGUCGUAAACAAGACGGACGGUCUGCGGAAGGAGUUCGACCUGGAUGUCAUCAGUCUGAAGGAGGACGGCAUGGAGAAGAUUGGAGUCUGGAACUCCAAUGGUGGCCUUAACCUGACGGACAGCAACAAGGAAAAGUCCACAAAUGUCACUGAUUCCAUGGCCAACAGAACUCUGGUCGUAACCACUAUACUGGAAAACCCAUAUGUAAUGUACAAGAAGUCGGACAAACCGUUGUACGGCAAUGACCGAUUCGAGGGGUACUGCCUGGACCUGUUGAAGGAACUGUCAAACAUUCUUGGCUUCGCGUACGAGGUGAAACUGGUGUCAGACGGGAAGUACGGAGCGCAGAACGACAAGGGCGAGUGGAACGGCAUGGUUCGAGAACUCAUAGACCACGUGGCUGACCUCGCAGUGGCUCCACUGACCAUCACCUACGUGAGGGAGAAGGUGAUCGACUUCUCCAAGCCCUUCAUGACCCUGGGCAUCAGCAUCCUGUACCACAAGCCCAACGGCACCAACCCAGGGGUCUUCUCCUUCCUCAACCCGCUGUCCCCCGACAUCUGGAUGUACGUCCUGCUGGCCUGCCUGGGGGUCAGCUGUGUGCUGUUCGUCAUCGCCAGGUUCACGCCCUAUGAGUGGUACAACCCUCACCCCUGCAACCCAGAUUCGGAUGUGGUUGAAAACAACUUCACCCUGCUGAACAGUUUCUGGUUUGGAGUGGGGGCUCUCAUGCAGCAAGGGUCUGAGCUGAUGCCGAAGGCCCUGUCCACCAGGAUUGUGGGGGGGAUCUGGUGGUUCUUCACCUUGAUAAUAAUAUCGUCCUACACCGCCAACCUGGCUGCCUUCCUGACGGUGGAAAGGAUGGACUCGCCCAUCGACUCGGCGGACGACCUGGCCAAGCAGACGAAGAUCGAGUACGGAGCGGUGAGGGACGGCUCCACCAUGACCUUCUUCAAAAAAUCCAAAAUCUCCACGUAUGAGAAGAUGUGGGCCUUCAUGAGCAGCAGGAAGAACACGGCGCUGGUGAAGAACAACCGCGAGGGGAUCCAGAGGGUGCUGACCACCGACUACGCCCUGCUGAUGGAGUCCACCAGCAUCGAGUACAUCAGCCAGAGGAACUGCAACCUCACCCAGAUCGGAGGGCUCAUCGACUCCAAGGGCUACGGCGUGGGGACGCCCAUCGGUUCGCCCUACAGAGAUAAGAUCACCAUCGCCAUCCUGCAGCUCCAGGAGGAGGGGAAGCUCCACAUGAUGAAGGAGAAGUGGUGGAGAGGCAACGGCUGUCCUGAGGAGGACAACAAGGAGGCCAGCGCCCUGGGCGUGGAGAACAUCGGGGGCAUCUUCAUCGUGCUGGCCGCCGGACUCGUCCUCUCCGUGUUCGUCGCCAUCGGAGAGUUUAUCUAUAAAACGCGGAAGAACGCGGACAUCGAGCAGUGUGUUUCCUUUAGUGCUCUAAUGGAGGAGCUCAGCCUCUCCCUCUCGUGUCACAGAGUGACACGGAAAAAGCCCAGAGUUAAGGGAAGAGGGGGAACGUCGGGUAAUCUGUUGUACCAUCCCAAGCGUAUUCUGAGGAAAGAAACUAUGGCCUGAGCUAUGGACUUCUCACUGUCUGGAUGCAAGGAGCAGGACUACAGACUUGAUUCUUGUCGUCCCCACAUAAUUUUGUGAGUUUGUAUAAAAAUUAAAAAAACAACAACUUGUUUUCUUUUAUAUAUGCUGACUGUCAACAUGCAGGUUUUGGGAUGUUGCAUUUUUGAAAAUCGUUUUAAUUUUCCGACAGUGUAAACUACAAUGAAUCUUUUUCUUUCUUUUUUUUACGGAUGAAUGAGAAUUAAAUAAAAUCAGGAAAUUGGAUGCCUUGUGUGUUGGUGACUGUG